AUGCGCGACUAUCAUCGUGUUGUGAAAAGAUGGUUGGGUGACAAUUUUACCGUAGGAGCGUCUGUGGUCGGUACAGGUAUUGCUGGUAACGCGUCCGAUAGUCUUUCUUGGCCACACGGACUCUUUGUUACUUCCAACUUCGACUUGUACGUUGCUGAUCGACGAAAUCAUCGCAUUCAGCUCUUUCAUUUCGGACAACUGAAUGGCACCACGGUUGUAGGAAAAACAUCAGUGAACAUCACGAUUACGCUUAAUCAGCCUGUUGGAAUCACGUUAGAUGCAGACGAUUAUCUUUUUAUUGUGGAUUGCUACAAUCAUCGUGUUGUUGGAUCAGGACCAAAUGGUUUUCGUUGUAUAGUUGGAUGCACUGGUGUACGUGGUUCAGGAUCUGAUCAGUUAGCAUUCCCCGUAUUGUUCAGUUUUGAUAGUUUUGGAAACAUUUACGUUACCGACUGGAGUAAUAAUCGGACACAAAAAUUUUAUUUCUUACAAAGUUCCUGUGGCGAACUAACUUCCACAGAACAAAUGACAACAACAUCAUCGACCAUCAUCAAUCAACCAUGUUCUCCACCAACGGUAACACUAAUACCAGGAGUAUCCUCACUAGCAUCUCCGAUUCAAUUUCGUCGAAGUCAAGAUUUUACGAUAAUUUCCCUGAUUCAACUUCAUUGCAAUGUUUCCUUGCUAAUGAAUACUCAAUGGGCAAUUAAAAAUUGCACUUCAUUUUGUUCACAACAAGUUUCAACAGAUCCAACUAUAAUAACCACGUUUAGUGAGUUGUAUAUUCCAUCCCGGACUUUACCGUAUGGCUUGUAUGAAAUAAAGCUGACGGUCACGAUGACCAACAUGACAAUGCUCUCGACAUCCGCAACUGUUUAUGUUCAAAUAAGUCCAUCAGGUAUAACUGCAAAUUUAAUUCAAUACGGCACUUCGAUGAUCACUCGUGGUCAUCAACAAGAUCUUCAACUAGAUCCAGGAAGUUAUUCUGUCGAUCCUGAUCAAGAUACAUUUAAUGCGUCAAAUUGGAAAUAUAGUUUUUACUGUCGAAUAUACGGAUUGUCAAUGUUUCCAAAUUUACAAGGUUCACUAUUAACAAUUAAUGAUAUGAGAAACGAUUCAUCGAAUCCGUCGUGUUUAUCAGCGAAUCGAACAGGGUGGAAAUUCGAUACUCCUCUCAAUUCUUCACUAACAAUUCUUGCUGGUUCACUGCAAUUCAAUCGAACCUAUCAAUUCAUGGUGUAUAUGGAAAAUCGUCGAAACUCUUCUCUACAAGCGACAGGAUAUGUUCUUGUUAAAGUCGACGAGACUCGUCCAUACAUGAUUUUAAUCGGUUGUGUUAUAUGGACAAUGUGCGAACCGAAUCUAGAAUUUCAGCUUGUUAAUCCAACAACACAAGUUGCUUUGUUUUCAGUUUGUGCUGGAGAUGAUUCAGCAAUUCAAAACAUCACGUGGAGUGUCUACUACAGCGCAACAAAUUCGUCUGCAAAUUUUACUCAAUGGGUUUUGUUCAAUCAAACAACGUCGUAUCGCGAUAAAUAUUUGUUCGGAAUGAAUACGAGUAAUUUUACUGCAAUGAAUCAACUAUUUCUAGUCAAUCCACAAAUUCCUCUUUGGAAAUUCGAAGUUAUCUACACAUUUCCGACUGCAAUUAGUGUCAGUUCAUUAAAUUUUCUUAUCAAUCAACCUCCUUUCAACGGUUCUUGUUCAAUCGAUUCACUCAAUGGUACAACAAGCAGUCACUUUACCGUCUCUUGUUCAAACUGGUUCGAUGAAGAUGGGAUUAAAGAUUACACUCUGUUGGCUUGGACGAACAAUUCGACCAAGAAGAUGAUGGUUGCAUAUUCGUCAGCGUCAAUAUUUCAAACGUAUUUACCGAUCAGUGAUGAUCAAAUAUCAGUUCUACGCCUGAUAGUUCAAAUUCGAGAUCAAUUAGAUUGCAUUACUGAAGUCAACAUUUCAUCGGUUACCGUGUAUUCGGAUUCCACCGCUAUCAAUGAUUUAAUCAACGAUAUUCAAAAUUCAUCGGCAAACAGCCACGCAAAUUCUAUUAUACAACUGCUUGCAAGCGAAAAUCAAAACCUUGUUGGACAACUAUUAACUUCGACUUCACAACAAUUGAAUCAAAUCAAUAAUGACGAACUUGACAAAGCUAUUUCUAAUGGUGUUCCACGUGCGAACAUCUUCAUUUCAACACUGACGGAUCAUAGCCAGCAAUCAAAAGCCUUAGUUUCAUUGAACCAAUCGGCGCUGAAUGAAUUUAACCAAAACCUAAAUUCUCGCGCCAAUGUUCGAGAUUACUUGAUAACAUUUACUACAAAACUUCCGAUAACUACAUCAAAUACAAUCAAAUUACAAGCAUCAUCAUUAGCUCAACUCACUAAAAUUACGAACGAAUUGACACGAUCAGCUUUAACGAUUGCUUCGAACCGAUGUUAUCAGCUAGCAAUAGCUUUAGAAUCACUGAAAACUAAAAUUGCAUAUGAAGACAUGCAACUGGCAGCAAGUGACCUACUUCAAUGCGCAGCUAAUAUUCUAAGUGCUGUGAAUGGGCCAUUGCAACAACGAACAACGAUUCUCGAUAUAGAUUCAUAUCAAGCAACGAAAUUUCCGGAUGAUUAUGAUACAAACCUCGAAUUUGAUUGGGCUAAUCCGAAUUUGUUCGCUGAUGACAACGACUUUUCACUGGAAACGAUCCAAAAGAAUCGCAAUGUUUACUACCAAAAACAAUUAUCGAACGAUAUCAACGCUCAAAUGACACAACUACUCUCCUUGCUGACAUCAUCCUUGAAUACGCACCUUAACGUUGGGCAGGAUUUCAGUAUUGACACAUCACAAGUGUUAUUAUCAAUAGAAACUAAAUCUAGUCAGUUCUUUUCGAAUUCAUUUACAAAGCGUAUUGGUAAUGGGCAAGUUCAACUUCCUAACAAUUUCAAUUCGCAUCUGAACACAAGUAAAAAACUUUCGAUUAGAUCCAUGAUGGAGCCAUUGGCAGCAUUUGGAGAUUCAAAAUCAGCACUAUAUACAAAUCUGUCACGAUCACUUUCAUUUUCUAUUCUUGAUCACGAUCAAAAUGAGUUGAAGAUUCAUACAACGGCGAAUGAAUCAAUCGAAAUUCUUAUUCCUCGCGACCCUAAUCUUCUUGUUCCUCCAAUGACAUUGCAAAAUGUCACAGCGUUCAACUCGAUUCCUCGCAAUCUCACAUUUGAUCUCCACUAUUUGAAUUUAACAACGUCACUUCCAAUUUCAGUUCACUGGGAAAUUCAACCAUUGAACACAAGUUUAGCUUAUUUAUUCGUCUAUCGAUUUGACCAGAGUCCACAAUUAAGUUCUUCUGUCAAUCAAAUUGAUGGUUGGACACUUCUUUGUCCGGCAAACUUAACCACUGAAGGCAUGUAUUUCGUUUACAUCGAUAAUCAGCGAACAAUAGGCCAUCAAUCGAUGAUUUUUGGUUUACGAGAACUGAAUGAAACGGAAAUCAACGACCGAUGCACGAAUUUAUCAAUCGCUGAUCCACCAAUCGCCGACGAACGAAGAAAUUUUACAUCGAAUUAUCAAAUAAGAAUCUAUACAUCAGGUUGUUAUUACCUCGAUGCAAACAACCAGUGGAAAUCGGAUGGUUUACUAGUUGGCCCACUGACAAAUCGCAAUCAAACACAAUGUUAUUCCACUCAUUUGACAACAUUCGCAGGUGGUUUUGGUGUUUUACCUGAAACCAUCGAUUGGAGUUACGUUUUCGCCAAUGCUGAUUUCGCGAAGAAUAAAAUGGUCUAUUUAACUGUCAUUUGUUUUUGUGUUAUUUACUGGAUCUCGACCGUUUAUGCACGUUAUGAGAACAAGAAAGAUGUAGAAAGAUUAGGAGUUACAGUUUUAUCUGAUAGCCAAAAAGAUGAUGGAUAUUAUUAUCAAACUCUUGUCUCUAGUGAUCAACGGAACAAUGCGGAAACGAAGUCGAAUGCUUAUUUUGUCAUUCAUGGCGAAAAAAAUGACACACAAAGAUUUCAACGAUGGACGAGUAAGUUUUCUUAUGCAGAAUCAAUCAAUUACUAG